AUUCCUAUUCCGGUUUCGAUUCCGAUUCCGAUUGCAAUACGAAUCCAGUCUAAUCCAAAUUUCCUCCGGUGUAUGUCCAUACGACUCUGACGAACUCCAUAGCCAUGGAGUUGAUCAUCGUCUUCUUGAUGUUUCUCCUUAAUUUCGACACCUCUGCACCUUAAUUGUCACAUCCGUGUCUGUAUAAGAGAUAAUGAAAUUUGGGAAAGAAUUCGGUAUUCAUCUGGAACAAACCCUACCUGAAUGGAGGGACAAGUAUUUGUGUUACAAACUCCUUAAGAGAUUCCUUAAGCGCAUUCCUAAUCCCACCGCCGUUGACUCCGAUCACAACCCUCCUCCACCUGACGCCGCUGUUGAUCGCGACUUUCCUCCUUUGCCGCCUCACUUGGCCGAUCUACAGGAAUGGUUCGUUAGGAUUCUCGAUGAAGAAAUCGAGAAAUUCAAUGAUUUCUAUGUUGAUAAGGAGGAAGAAUUUGUCAUACGAUUUAAGGAGUUAAAGGAAAGAAUUGAGCAAGUAAAGGAGAAAAGUUGGAAAGAUGGAAACUUUACAUCGGAAAGCGAAUUCAGUGACGAGAUGAUGGCGAUACGAAAAGACUUCGUAACCAUCCAUGGGGAGAUGGUGCUUCUGAAAAACUAUAGCUCCUUAAAUUUUGCAGGCAUUAUAAAGAUAUUGAAGAAGUAUGACAAAAGGACAGGGGGAUUAUUGCGCGUACAUUUUACACAACUUACCCUUCGUCAACCUUUCUUCACGAUAGAACCUCUUACCCUGUUGGUCCAUGAGUGUGAGGAAAAUCUCGAACUCCUUUUCCCUUUAGAAGCGGAAGUAGUCGAAUCGAGUAGCAAACAGCCCGAUGCAAUAAACAUUAACAGAUCGUCGUCGUCGUCGUCGUCUGAGGUAGGAACUUCAGAUGUGUAUAGGAGGACAAUUGAUGCAAUGAGAACAAUAAAGGGUCUUAAAAAGGAAAGCUCCACCUUCAAUCCGUUGUCGUUUGCAUCUAUUUUCGGCAACCAAGAUAUCGACACGGGUGCUAUAACAACUCAACACUCGCCUUCCGACUCUACAAUUUCUUACCAUGAUAAAAAACGAACCGUAUGACAUAUCCUACCUCCAGACCUUGUCUAUCCUGAUUACAUUCUACCGUGGUAAGAUUCGUCGUCGACACGGGUGCUAUAACAACACUCGCCUUCCGACUCUACAAUUUCUUACCAUGAUAAAAAACGAACCGUAUGACAUAUCCUACCUCCAGACCUUGUCUACACUGAUUACAUUCUACCGUGGUAAGAUUCGUCGU